GAACGGCGGCCGCUGGGACCUGCUCCCUCAUAAGGGCUGGGGAGGAGAGCCGCGAGUGGCCGGGUAAAUACGGGGGAGGAGAAGGGCGUCUCUUCCUCUCCCCACCUUCCUCCACCUCCUCCCUCCCCCCCGCCGCGGAGGGCGCGCUUGGAACUGCCUCUGUCUGUCCGGGCGCCCGGGGCGUCUCCGCGCCCUUCCGCGGUGCGGUGCGCGCAGGCUGGGCGAGGGCGGCUGCUGCUGCUGAAGCUGCUGAAGGUGAAGCUCUCGCUCUCCAAUUACUUUUCCCAAGAGAGAGAAGGAGGCAGCAGGAGGGGGAAGUCGUGCUGUGUGUGGAAGGCACACCAAUCAGAGAUGCUCUAACGGAGGGACUGCUGCAGGACGCGCCGGCUUCUCCUCUUUCCUCUGCCGGCGGUGCUGAAUCGGGACCACGCGCAGCUGGCGUAGCGGCCGGAGCCGUACUAGCCUGCAGGACUUUCCCAUCUCCGCUUUUCCGAUAGCUCAACCAUACAUCGUCCUCUGUAUUUUUUUAUUUUUUUAUUUUUUUUUUAAUACUCUGAAAUCGUGCACAAGAAACACUUCAAGUCUUCCCUCCAUUCCCAGUUACUUCACCCUUCCUCUAGCAUCUCUUAGCCGGAUUCCUGGUGUAUUCCCAGAGAGGCGGGGGGAGAGAGCCAGGCCCCGCGGACGGCUGCUGCCCCAGCCCGGCCGAGCCGAGGGGAGCCGAGCGGAGCGCGGCACGGCGCCGCUCCAUGCCCCCGAGCGCUGGCGGGGCGCGGGGCGUGUGCCGGCGAUGCCCGGGCGGUAAGGCUGGAGCUGCCCCCGGACGGGAGGCGGCCGAUUGCUAGGCGUUUCUAGCAAGAAUCGGGACUGCAGGAUGAAUAAGAGAUACUUACAGAAAGCAACAAAGGGAAAACUGCUAAUAAUAAUAUUUGUUGUAACGCUGUGGGGGAAAUUAGCAUCUGGGGCAAAUCACCAUAAAGCUCACCAUGUUAAAACUGGGACAUGUGAAGUGGUGGCUCUUCACAGAUGCUGCAAUAAGAAUAAGAUAGAAGAAAGAUCACAGACAGUGAAGUGUUCCUGCUUCCCUGGGCAGGUAGCAGGUACCACCCGGGCAGCUCCCUCUUGUGUUGAUGCUUCAAUAGUGGAGCAGAAAUGGUGGUGCCACAUGCAACCAUGUCUUGAAGGGGAGGAAUGUAAAGUUCUUCCAGAUCGUAAGGGAUGGAGCUGUUCCUCUGGGAAUAAAGUGAAAACAACUAGGUCUGGCCUAUGUUCACAUCCCUUCGUUGUUAACAACAAUCUUAUGGCUCAUCUGAUCACUAUUAACCUUUUUGUGAAAAAGGAAGUGGAAAACCCUGAGACAUUUCUGCCUCUGCAGCUACUCAUGUUUAAGGUACCAAACAACUAAUGGAGCUCUGGGAGGCACAGCAUACAUUGCAGCUGACUGAUUUUAUUUGGGAGCUCUGAAACAGUGGUGCCGUGUGAACAGUUAUGCAUGUAUGCUACUGCCAAACAAAGGGUUGAUGAACUGUGAUGAGAUCAAGGACUUCUACCUCAACAUACCAGUAUGAAAAUCAGACUCAAAGGAAGGAAAAGGAAAACAGAAAUCAUGAGCAAGUGUAAAAUGGGAGGGCAUAGUCUCAUGGAGAAUCUACUGUGCCCAGAAGGGACUGUGUACAACUGUGUCUGUGGUGACUCUUGUGAGCUUCUGCAGAUAGAGGAGGGGCCCCGUGAUCUGAUCCAUGUCUUGGGUGGAAAGUUUCACUACAGAAUAUCACAGAAUUAUAGAAUAAUUUGGGUUUGAAGGGAUCUUAAAUAUCAUGUGGUUCUAACCCCUCUGCCAUGGGCAGGGACAACUUCCACUAGACCAGUUUGUUCAAUGCCCCAUCCAACCUGGCCUUGAACACUUCCAGGGAUGGUGCAUCCACAACUUCUCUGGUCAAACUGUUUCAAUGCCUCACCACCCUCACCUUCUUCCAAAUACGUAAUCUAACCUGCCUCCUUUUGUUUUAAGCUAUUCCUCCUUGCCUUAUCACUACAUGUCCUUGUAAUAUCUAAGGGACAAAACUUUCUGAGGGAAGAGCACUUUGUGUUUAUUUCUGCAUCUGUUUUUUCUUGUGAUCACUGACAAACCCAGAAAGGAAAGACUUCCAUGGCAAUAGCUAGAAGGCUGUUUCCAAGAGUAAGGUUAGAGGACCUUCCAGAGGCUACAGGCUCAAUUAUGGGUAAAGAUAAAGCCUUUAUAUACUUUUAAAUCUUCAGGAGAGGAAAGCCAUGAGAGCCAUGACACAAUUUAUAGUUAGUAUUCAAUAGGACUGGGAGCAAAAAAUUAUUCCUUUUAUUUAUUAAAACAAUCACAUGAAAUAACUUUGAUAUUCUCUGUAGAAACACAUGGGUCUUUGUUGGGGAACUCUAAAGAUUCCAAAUUAGAGUCUGGCUUAAUGUUACAUUAUUUAUUGUUGUACAUACUUAUGUAUUAUAUUAUUUAGUAUACAUAUGUUCAUGAACUAUACUAGUUUUUCAUUGUGUUUGUAGUACUAUACAGCUUUGAAAUGAUUGCAUGGGGUAAUCCUCUUCAAUGUGGCACAUGCACAAGUACAGUAACCUUUCUGAGAGUGAACAUCAACACUUUUAAUAAAAGAAGCAACCUGAAAAUGGCACAUGAAGACAUUUAAAAACAUGCUUGAAAUCAGAUAUGAAAAAAAUACCAUCUCUGUAGCAAUAAAUGCUGGCUGAAACACAGCGUGGUCUCCUUGCAUCACUUCCUAGCCCCCCAGAUUAUGAUGGCAGUGCUACUUAUUCAUUAAAAGAGAAGGGCUUAGCUUCUAGCUUCACAAUGGUAGUUUGUUAAAAAGCAGGGCUCAGCUAGUGUUCUUAUAUUGGUGUUUAAUGAGCUGGUAUGUCUAUUAUCAGAGGAGAGAAAGGUACCAAAGGUACCUGUAAUGUCACAUGAGUGAGUUAUUUGCUAUUUUUAACUACAGUGUUGGUGCAUCAGAGUAGAAUCAAGGAGAUAACAUCCACUUCACAGGAGGGCAUUUAUAUGAAAAGCAAUCCUGAAAUAUAAAUGGUAAUAAAAACAUUAAUGUCCAUUAAUGUCUUGUAAUGUUAACAGGGUCUUAACACUGAGUUGCUGAAUGAUGUAAAUAGAAGGUAAUAAUAAACAAGUCAGAGGUUAGAAAUUAGCAGCUAUAUGCAUGGAUAUGGAAACCCCCCCAAAAGUCUGACUGCUUGCCACAGACCUACAUGUGCUGACUCAGGGUGAGAGGUAAGUAUUGUGUCAUGUCAUGAGCAAUUUUUAAGGAUAUUUUCUAUUUUUUUUUCUACUCUCUCCAUCAAUAGAGCUGGGAAUUUUAGCUCAUGCUGCAGUUUUUGGUGGCAGCAAAAUACAUUUCUGAAAUAUUCACUAAGAAUAUGAUGAGAAACCCCGAAUUCUAAUUUACUGAGGAGUUUCUCAUGACUUCUCAUUUUGCCUUUGGCCAUGAAAAUCAUCCAAGAAUAAGAUGGCUACUUUACCAUUUCCUAUUCUAUAUAUUUCUACUAUAAUUCAUUUACAAAUAAAUUGUAUCCCAUGCCGGGUCAUGCAAAGCUCCUAUCAAUCGGCACAGUUAAUAAGAAGCACUAACUCAGUGUACAGGAAGUUAACUCUCAUGUGGCUGCGAUACCUUAGUGAGCUCUGUGGCACCUCUAAGUGCCAAGAUGAUGCCUAGCAAAAGUCAGUGUUACCACCAUCUUUAUCCACAAUAGCCUGAAGACUAAAGCAGAUGGCCACAGGUGGUAUAUUCACCCUUCAACAGCUACCAGUUACACCCUAGACUACACUGCAACCAGGAUGACUGACAACCCUUGAUUAAAAACAGAGUGCAGAGGAAGGGUUACUGCUGCGUUUUGAACUCACCAUACAGGUUUUAAUUGAGAAAAGAACACACUUCUCUGUUUUCUGGGUUUCUGUUGACCUUUCCAACUUCUUUCUGGACAACAUUUAGGACAGAACUAAAUGAAGCCUCACAGACGGCAGGCUGGAUUUGGCCUUUUGCCACCAGGGGAAUCCUUCUGGUUUAACACGUCAAAAAUUAAUGCCCUAGACUGGAAACAAUUGUCACAAUUGCAGUCAAGAAAAAAAACUGAUUCUUUGCCAAUAUUGCUAUCUAGUGAAGAUGGUUAAUGAAAACAAGCAAAGCAACAUUACUGGUUUCCUCAAGCUACAGUUUAGAGUUUUUCUGGGACACUCUUGGUUCUUGUCAGGCUGGGACAGACGGCUUAAUUGUGGGGAACAUAUUGCAAAAAUAAUCCACUUGACUUUCACUAAGCCACUAAAGCAGUCAGCUGUAAAUGAAUGCUUUUUGAAAUGUUGUCAUAUUUAUAGCAACAAGCAAUAUAUUAAAGUAGCAGAAGAGUCAUAAAGAAAGCUCAGUAUUAAGAGUUUUGAAGCAGAAACUAAAUUAGACUUAAUUAAAUUAUUUCCUCUCAUGAUUUUCACACAACUCCCCAUGACUGCCACUUUUGUCCAAGGAAUGCAUCUCAAUCUCAGGACUAUAGGAAUUCACCUACAGAAUCAAAACUUUCCAAAGACAGUUCAGGAAUGAUACCAAACAAGCAAUUACAUUGAAUGUCUUUCCUAGUCCUGUGAAUACAGAAAAACACUGAAUAUGUGUGGCCAAAAAGGCCUUUUCCACCCAUGUAAUGUGGUCCCUGAAGAUUUGGAAGUUUAAGAGUUCCUUUUGAGUGCCAGGUGAAUUUUCCUUUAGGAAAAAGAAAAGGAGGAAUUGUAUCUGGAUGUAGGCAAAUUAAUUCAGGAGUUACCGCUAUUGUGAUCUAUUAUGUAAUAGAUUUAAUUAACUCUACAAUUUUCUGCCAUAGCCCUGUAUUUUUUUUCUUUUUUUUUGUCCCCCCCUAAAUUUCAUCAGUCACUUGGUACUAAUUUGUUGUCCCUCUGUUCUGCUAAUGCAUAUCAUUAUAAACUCUGCUGGGCUAAACAAGUCUCCUUUCCCCUCAUCAUCAUAGUAUCAAGCUCUGCACCAGUUCUUGUUCGAGUGUGUUUUUCUUAAGCACGAAUGAUUACAAUUAUACUGAGAAUCCAGAUUUCUGUUUUAAUUUAGUUUCCCUAAUUAAAGUUUAACCUGCUCAAUAUAUCUAAUCUUCUACAAAGUAAUAAUUUGGAGUCCUCCAAAAUUUAGAUAACACAGCCUGAGGAACAGAUCUUGGAUGUAUUUUCUUCAGGAUGCUCCAAGAAUUUGCUCUGUGAUAUCUCAAAAUGGUGUCAACUUAAGUACUCAAUGGCCCUCAGUUCCUGGUACUCUAAGUUUCUGUGUCUGUUAAAAUAUUUAUAUAACUGACAUACCUACCUUAUUAAUAGAGUUUUUUAUUUUUAAAUAUAUUGUCUUCUGGAUAAAAAAGGGAAAUAUUUAUUUUUUAAUAACCUCAUAUAACUUGAAACUUGGAAACGGCAGAUAAAAAAAAGACGAUGGCUUAAUUCAAAACUGUGCUUCCUAUCACAUCAUGUCACACUCACAGUGUGAAAUAAAAACCUUUGACUUUUUCUAGGAUGGUGUCUCUUGGUAAUAUUUGCUGUAAUUUUAUUGCACCAUGGUGACACAGCUGAGUGGUAAGCUGUUGUGGUGCAUGUUUGUUUUAUUAGUUUCUGGAUUGCUGUUCACAUUUUAUUGUUAAUGGUUUGUUCCUAUGUUACCCCCACUCCUCCCAAGAUGGUUUACCCCGGAAUGCUAUCCCCUCCCCUGGCUUGCCCAUCAUUGUAAACCCAACCCCUUAUUCCCGAACCUUCCCUGCCUGCCACCAGAACCCUACCCCUUGUCCAUCACUGUAAACCCUGCCCUUUGUUCUGGAUCCUUCCCUGUCAAUCCCCGAACCCUCGAGGUCCCAUUGGCCUGCAUGACAGGUCCUCUCCUCCCCCUCAUCUCUAUUGGUUCCUGCACUGUAACCCCUCCCUUUGCUCCUCCCUCCUGGACUCCCCAUUGGCUGUUUGUUUGUACCCGCCCAUUGUGCUGCUGCUAUUUAAAAUCCCAGCCAGAGAAGAGCUUGGCCCUCUUUAGCCUUUGACUUGUUUUAGCUGUUGAUCUUGCUUUGCUAGAACCUCACAUCGAGCGUGAGGCUCCUUCUCUUUGACCUGCUCGACUCAGCUGACAGUCCUGCAUGUUGAGCACAAGGCUCAAAGGUUCUGCCUUCGGUGCUGAUAAAACCAAGGUAGUUCCCCACACCUGGUGCGGUGUUCAUGUGUGUUUCUCUGAGCUAGCCUGGGCUCUGGCAGGGCUGUGUCAGUGAGCUGAAGAUCAAACUCUCCAUACGAAUAAAUUUAUAUUCAAAACCUUGACUGAGAUGUACAAUGACUGUUAAAAUAAGAAAAAAGAGAGCUGGACAACUGUGUUAUAGACAGGAUAGAGUUUGGCCCGGGAAAGUGCUUGCUCUUAUGAACAUUGAAGCUCUACUUGAGAGCACUUAACAGUAGAGUUAUAUUUCUCUCCAUAAUUUAGAUAUAGAUGAUAUAGAUAGAUACAUAUAUAUGUAAUAAACCAAAGAGUUCGUUAAUAUUUAAUUUUUAUAAUGUUGUAUAUUAGCUAACUUACUUUUCUGUGCUAUUGCUGUUACUGGAGUUACUUAUGUUUCACUCUGUUUUUCCCCUCAAUUUUUUAAAACUAAAGAAGAAAAAUGGAUAAGGGAAAUUUAAAAUAAACAAUGUUGUUCUCUACAAUAGCAAGAAAGGGGAAACCUAAUUGAAGUGUGUCCUGGAGUAUGACUCAAAGUAUGACCCUGAGCUGGUCAAAACUGAAACCAAGCUUACACAGGGAGAUAAUGAAUGGAUGUGGAACUUAACUAUUCUAUUCUCUGGUGGAAACUAAGCCACACAGCUAGUCAAAAAGCUAAAAAUGUAACAAAUAAGCAGAGGGUUUUUCAAAUUGCCACACAGCGGUGUUUUGAGAAAAGCCAUCAAACUCAAACAGGCUGUGGGGAAAGCCUCUGUAUUCAACAAAUGGAUAUAAUAUGGAUACAUUUGAUGAAAAAUCAUGUUUAACAGGGGGAAGGUAAGUUUGCUCUGACCUUACUAUUCAUAUUGCACUUUUAAAAAUGACUUAGCAUGUUUUGUAGUAAACCAGGAUCAAGGAUAGAAACAUAGAGAUCUAGACAAGAGACUGUGAACCCUUCUCCCCCACCUCCCCCCAAAGUCCAAUUGUGAAAGAUGUCACCAUUUGUCAAGAUUCGUGGUCCAACCUGGAAGAUACUGAACUGGGGCAGUGAAAAAGUUACCACCAUGGGAAGAGGACUAACAAAAAGAGGAUGAAGUCGGCCUGGACUGGAGGAUUUCUGGUAUGGAUACUGAUUAGUCACGUGCCUAUCACAUGAUCUCUCAGAACAGCAAAAUAUGCAGCAUUACAGCUUCAGCAUUACCAUCAUGUAGGAAAUCUUCCUGCACAAGGGACAAAGAAUCAUGAAGACUGUAAGGGUAAAUGUUGAAAAUCUGCUGUAACAUUUUUAAGAACUGCAACUGAUUUAGAUGCUGCCUUUUUAUGUUCCCCCUCCCUUGUGAAACUCCAAGUAUGUGUUUUGAGAAGCAGCUUAAACCUGAACUCCCCCUGCUGCCUGUCUACAGCAAUCUGUUCUUUUCAAUGACUGACAUAUUAAUAAACUAUUUAAAGUUGUUCUCCAAAGGACGGUAAUGAAAUGAUUGCUUGGUGUAUACCUAGCAUUGGUUUGAGUAUAUUCCUCUGUGAAUGUCAACAUUUUAUAUCACUUAAAUAGUUACUAACUCAGGUUUUUGCUACUUCAAUCCACAUCAUAGUUUUAUGCUUUUUGCUAUCUUUAUGUGGAAAAACCAUUCUUGUUUGAAUGAAGCUUAAACUUUGUCAGUUUGUGUAAGUGAACAGACCGCAUUACAUGUUGCUAUUCUCAAAAAUGUCAUGGGAAGAUAUCAUGCUGUCAUUCUCCUGCACUGUUCUAAAAGUGUAAAUAGAAUAAUUUGAUGGAAUUGCAAGAAAGAAAAAAAUUCUAUAACUAUUUGUUCGAACAGGAUACAUCUCUAUUUGAAUAGAAUAGAAUAGAAUACAUCUCUAUUUGAGAUGGAAAACACUAAUUAUUAGUAGCAAGCAAUUUUGUCCUUUAAUAUAUUACUAGACAGUUUUUUCAUUCUUGCUCUUUGAGUUUACUAAAAUGAAAACAAAUAUUGCAGCUUUAUAGUUGCAUCUGUGGAAGUAACAGUAUCAGAAAAGUGUACUGUAAAUAAGGUAUUUUUCUAGAAGGAAACAAAACUUAACUUUUACAGCCAGUCUUAAUACCAGUUUUUCCAGACUGCUGCCUUUUCAGUUACAUUCAUUAGUGACUUGUUACUUUUAUGUUACCUAACACUGAAUUAAGUUAUGGGAUGAAUCUUCCUAAAGGCUAGCACAGGUCAGGUUAAGAGCACAACUGGAAAAAGCAUGGGAAAAUCAUGCUUGACAAACGUGAUCAUCUUCUAGGACAAAUAAACUGCUCAACUGAUGUUGGUGAGGGUGGACAUUGUUUACCUGGAUUUCCCCAAGGCUUUCAAUACAGGAACCAUAAUGCAGGAGUGAAGCACAGACUGGGAUCUACCUGACUGUGGAGCAGCUCUGUGGGAAGGGACCUUGGGGCCCUUGUGGGCAGCAAGCUCUGUAUGAGUGAACACCGUGCUCUGCAGCAGAGAAAUACAGUAGGAUGCUGGGUUGCAUUAAUUAGGAUAUCACCAAGAGAUAAAGAUGUUAUCCCACUCAGCAAUCAUUAGGCCACACGGUGUUUAGUUUUGGUCUCUGCUAUGCUAAAAAGGUGUGGACAGGCUGGAGAGGGUCCAGGCAAGGGCCACAAACAUAAUCAAUGGACUAGAAAGCCUGCUGUAUGAAGAAAGACUAAGAAAACAGCAUUUGUUCAGCUUGAGAAAAGGAGGCUUAAGGGAGACCUUGUCACCAUAUCACCAUAUUCCAGUAUUUAAAGGAUGUCUAUAAAAAAGAUGAAGAUGUAUGUGGAGUCACAUGGAAAAGAGGAAGAGUAGUGGGAACAAUUUAAUAUUAUCUAGAACAUGAUUUUAUAAAAAAAAUUGGAUUAGAAAAAUGUUUGAGGUCCCUUCUAACCUGAGAUUCUAUAAUUCUAUGAAUGAAAAUCUUUACAUAAUAUUUAAUGGAAAUAGGACAACUUUAAUUAGAAAGUACUUUGUUAUUAUGCAUGUAAGUUUGUUAUGCCUUUUAGUCAUUUUGUGUUUAGAAUAAUUUACUAUUUUCACUUUAUUUUUUAUGCCAUAGCAACUCUAUAAAAACAUUCUGUUCAGACUGGCUAAAUGAUUUAUGCUUGCAAAUUCUGAUUUUUAAAAACAGAUAGUAUUUCACGGCUUCCAAAAAAUGUGCAUAUGUUUAUAUUGAUGAUGGAUGAGCGACUGGUGAAGUGCUUUUCUGUAUUGCAUUAAACUAGAAUUUCCUUGGA